AUGGAGACGAGUGAUCCGUCGGGUAGACUAACGGCGGAAGAUUUAUCGGAUUGCAUAAGUGACAGCAGCCAUUCGGAAUCUCAAUUAAGAGCUUUUCAAAGUUAUGAGCGCAUCAAAGAGUUGAAUCUGUCUAUUGAUAAAACUAAAGAAGAUACAUCGACGGAACCGAAAGAUUUUCAUCUUAGUCUUGAAGGUGGCGAUAGGACGUCUCUCCGAUUCAAUGAAUUUCCAUGCGAAAACCCGACCAGAAAUUUGACUAUGACGUUAAAUAAAGCCAAAGAUUUCGGUUACUCCGCUAAUAAUUUGACUGAAAUUAAUUAUCCGUUGGAAAGAUUGAACGAGAAUGAGGAAUCGACUGAUGCCGCAACGCUUUGCAGACCAAAAAAUUCCAGCGCUAAAAACGUGCUGUUUAAUUUGCGCGAGACGAAACAAAGGAGUCCCCAUGCGUCGUUAUCUUCCUUAGAUAGGUAUAGCAAGGAUCUUAACUUCGUGGUAGAAAAGGAAAUAAAGGACUUCGGUCUGCUCAAGAACUACAAUCUCGAUCGCAUGAAAGAGUUCAAUUUUUCCCUAGAUAGAAUGAGGGAUACUCACAUUAGCAGUUUGACCAUUGAAAGAUUGCGUGGUGGUGCUGAUUUACUAGAAAAUUCGAGCAUGUUAAAUCACAAGGAAUUUAGGAACUUGCAAGUACAACCGAGGAAUCCCGAUCUUGAAGCUAUAGCUUUGGAGCGUAUGAGACGCUCGCAUCUACUUGGUACAGAACUAUCCGCGCAAAAUUUGUCAACGCAAGUGCCGCAUCCGCAUUCGAUUACGCAUAUGCAACAUUCUCAACAACAGCAACAGCAACAAGCGAAGUCCUUCACCAUCGACGCGAUCUUGGGCUUAAGGAACAAUCAGCGAGAAAAACGAAAUCAACAGCAACAAUACAGAAAACACCAGGGUAUUUAG